AUGCUUCCACAAAACUGGCAUUUGAAGCUUAUACCUAGUAAUUUCUUUGUUUCCUUUCCUGCCUUAAGUUACUUGGAUCUAUCCGGCACCCGAAUCAUUAAGCUCCCACCCGAAAUUAGCCGAGCAGAAAAUCUUCAAUACCUCAAUUUGUCAUUUACUGAUGUCACGAGUCUGCCCGAGAGCUUAAGAUCUCUCACAAAAUUGAAAUUCCUUCUUCUGAGAGGUCUACAGCAUCUCACCGAGAUACCGCCCGGGGUGAUAUCAAAACUAUCGAUUCUAGAGGUGCUCUACAUGAACGAAACUCGGUAUGAGCAUUGGGUAGAAUUUGAGACCCUGACUCAUGGCUUGAAAGCUCUCGGAAUCACCGUGGAAACAGUUGAGGCUAUCGAACGGCUUUCCCAACUGCACCAUGUGAUGAUGUGGCGCCUGCGCAUAAGGAACCUGCUCGACUUGCGCCACCCUGAUGACCAGCUGUUGCUAUCGAAUUUCCUCAGCAGCCACAACAUGUCGUCAAGCCUUCAGCAGCUGACGAUUGAAGACUGUGAGACCCUGGAGGAGCUGAUAAUGGAAAAGGGGAGGGAGACUGCAGGGCAUGGUGGUGAUAUUGUCAAUCGGAACUGGCGUCUUCCGAAGCUGGAGAUAUUGGCACUAGUCCGACUCAAAGAAUUAAAGAAAAUCAGUUGGAGGGGAUUGCAUCCUUCGACUUAUUUUCCAACACUUUCUAUCCUGAGAAUAAUUGGCUGCGACAAGCUGGAGAAUGUUACAUGGGUUCUCAAGCUCGAGUACCUAGAGCAUCUUGAACUGCACGCUUGCAGGCAGAUGGAGCGAGUGAUCGAUGAUGCGGAUGACGCAGAUGCUGCGACCGAUCUGGCCUUUCCCAGCCUCAAGACGAUCAAAUUGAUGCAGCUGCCAAAUUUGACCGCCAUCUGUCGCAGUCAGUCCACGUUCCCUUCGUUGGAACUUCUGCUUGUGAUAGAUUGUCCAGCUCUCAGGAGCCUACCUUUCAACUCGGAGACGCCCAAAAACAAUUUACGCAUUGAGGGUGAGCGGGACUGGUGGGAUAGGUUAGAGUGGAACGACGGCGACCUUGAAUCUUCCCUCCGACCCUGUUUCAGACGGGGGCUGGAUUUUCGAGGACUAUUGAGAAAAACAAUGUUUGCUGCGAUACAAAUGAGUGAAAUAUAA